AUGACUCCAGUGAGACAAUAUUCGGUUCUUUCGACACUGCAACGACUUAAAUACCUUCCAGCCUCCAUUUUUCUACCACGACGACCCGUACUUGUCGCCCCGUCAUUCUCACUAUUCUUGGCCAGCGAGACCGGUCGCAAAGUUCGGAAACCGCUGCUUGUACGCACGAUAUCCACCCGCGAGGAGAAGAUGACACUGGAUGAUCUGGGUAUGGAACAAUUAUUUUUCUAUACGAGUGGGCGAUGGCUCUGGGAUGAAGAACAGCAGCUCCGAGACAGAUAUAAGGCCUUGAAUGUCGCCCAGCUUCAAACCUUAGCAUCUCAAGCAACAGGUUCGGAUGGCUGUGCCUCGAUCACAAAGCUGGCAGAAGGGGGUUUCAACAAAGUUUUCCGCCUCCAGAUGAAUGAUGGCAAAGCCAUUUUGGCUCGUAUUCCCAACCCAGAUGCAGGGCCCCCCUUUUACACAACUGCCUCUGAAGUUGCUACCAUGGAGUUUGUGAGUCUCUUCCCCCAGCAAAUAUGA